UUAUAAAAGUGGAAAUGUCUUGUCUCUAUCUCGCUCUUUCUCUCAAUUUUCUCCAUCUUUUGAUGUUUUCUCUUUCAUUUCUCUUCUAAUUAUUAUUAUUUUCUUCAGAUCUCUCAAUCUCUCAUUCUAUUCUUUCCUUAAUUUCGCUUCUAAUCGGAUUACCAUUAACAUAAGCUGUUCUUCUGGGCUGUGUUCUUAUGAUUAUAAGCAGUGACAAACUGUAACAAGUUAUUGGAACACCAUGGGCCAAAGAAAUAUGCUAUGCCCUAAUCAGAUGAUAGAAAUGGACCAGCAAGGCCAAGGAUAUCUACAUCCUGAGCCCUGCAUCUUUAUGGGUGGCAGGCCUAAUUACCCACCACCUGAUAUCCAGAUGGGAGUCGCGGCUCCAGGGAAUGCUACUAAUCUUGAUACUCAUCCCUUACCAGAGCAUUAUGACAGUGGUAUGUUCUAUGGGUUACCCCAGUACCCAGGUGUUCAGCAUCAUAAUCAUUCCCCAAAUCUUGAUCUUGGUAUUGGAAGUGCAUCCAACUAUUACAUCCCCUAUGUGGCUAACCCUUCGUCGAGUGCUCCUGUAAAUCAUGGACCGGCAGACCAGAUGCCAUCUUCAAGCAACUUCAACCUCCUAGGAGUUUCUGCAAAUGAAUAUGCAAGGAAUUGCCACUUCAUGGAUAAUGUUAGGGGCUCGUAUAAGAGAAAGAAUUCUGAAGGAGUCCCAGGAAAUUUUCAGCAUUUUAAUGCCUCAUCAAGCUCUAGUUCCUCAGUUACACCAUUAAGUUCUAGACAUCCCGAUGGAGUUGGGACAAUGGAUGGUGCAUCCUUCAACAUUCCUCAGUAUAGGGGGAAUGGCCCUCCAACAAUUAGAGAAGCAGGACCUCAAAGAAGUGUGAGGAACAGAUUAGGCGCAACUCCAGUGGAACCUGUUUUGAUGCAUAGUGCUAACCAUGUUUUUCAAGGAAAUUACAUGGGUCAGCCCUUUCAGCCAACAAUAACAGAUGGAGGUGCCUCAGCCUGGACUCAGGUUCCUGGGGUUCCAUAUAUGCAUGGUAGCAAUGUUGGUGCACCUAUGGAGACUAGUCUUAGAAGUUCCACAAACUUUUCACAUGCUUCUCCCCUUGAACUUCGGAACCAUAAUUUUCAUCACCCUGCACCACCUAUUGAAGGAGUAAGAGGUCACAGCAUUAAUAUUCAUCCACAAGUAGCAGCAGUUCCUCAUCGCUUUCCAGCAAGUUACGCCUCACAAAGCUCCAUGAAUCUUUCGCAUGAUGGUUGGGAGAUGGGUCGUAGGCAUCUGGGACCAGUUCCUCCUAGUGGCUUUAGGAUAUAUCAUUCCCGCCGAGAGAGUGGUAUCGUACCUGAGACAACUGCGAGACACCGCAAUCUUCCUCACCUAAGAGUUCUUCCGCCUGAUGGAAUUGCUGUACUGGAGCUCCCUGAAUUUUAUGAAGUAGGGAACUUUAUUGAUCAUCACAGAGAUAUGCGUUUGGAUAUAGAGGACAUGUCUUACGAGGAACUGCUUGCUCUGGGUGAGCGUAUUGGAAACGUGAACACUGGAUUGUCUGAGGAAACCAUUACAAGUAAAUUGAAAACAAGAAGUUAUUCAACAUUUGCUACAACUAUUAAUCUGGAAGAGGCAGCACCUAUUGACCAGGAACCUGAUUCUUGCAUUAUUUGCCAGGAGGAUUAUAAGAACCAAGAGAAAAUCGGAACUCUUGAUUGUGGACACGAGUAUCAUGCAGGUUGCUUGAAGAAGUGGCUGGUUGUUAAGAAUGUAUGCCCCAUCUGCAAAUCUGAGGCGAUAGCCACAGAGUCAAAGAAUGUAUAAAAUAUGGAGGUGAGAAAAGAGUAAUAAAUUACAUAAAAUGGUUGAUCUUGGUAGAAUCAAUCUGGGAAAACUCACCUAGAUGUUUCUAGAUUGAUAUUUUGUCAAGUAUUUUGUACAUGAACUUGCAGAUAUCUAACGGACAGUCCAUCCAUUAUUUGUUGGCUUUGUAAUUAUCAAACAAUUGUACAGACUCUCAUUAUGCAGUUUCAAGCUGUAAUGUUAACUUCAGCUAUAAUGUGCUUUUUCAGGA